GCAGUCUGGGGUGCGGGCUAUUCUUGAGACGAAGUGUUCUGGAAGAGCACCAGCAACCCAGAACGCAUAGCCGGCCGCGUUUGCUGCUGUCAGUACGUAUGCACGCUGGAGAUCGGGUCGACCGUAGAUUGCGUCUUCACAUGAAACCCAGGGCUGCCCGCGCGGUCCAUGCGGCGGCGUUUUAUCACAACAGUGCAGCUAUAUCAGAACACUGCAUCCAAUCUAGGCACGGCGGAUGUGCUGUAGGUGUGUGUGGCGUGCGGCCCGUUCCUCGGCCUGGCUGGCGCAGGCUAUGUACGCAGGAUGGGCGAACGAAACAUGUCGCCGUUGCAGCAGGCUUGCUCGAGGCGCUGUGCUCGCUGUGCCGCUGCGGUGCAUGAUGCCAGAGACUGAGGGAGGAUUCAGCGCCCACCACUCCACUUAUCGUCGCCCUGUCCAGCUGUCCAGCCCGUCGCCGCCAUUGGAGCUUGGGCAGCAUUCCAGCAGCGUCCCCGCCUGUCCAUCUGGAUGCUCCCGCCGCCCUCCCGCCGCGCUGCUGCUGCUGCCCUCGGUGCUGCCAGUCCGCUGACUUCGGCCUGCCGUGUCAAUAUCAGAUCUGAUAUUGGGCCCGCCAAGCUCCCCCUCGGCGGGCAGCCGUUGAGAAGCACAGGUGCCCAGGC